CUUCUGUUGCCUACGUAAACUCGGCGCUCUACUCCCUCGAAUUUCCGUUCUAUGAUUUAAAAUAUGGCUGGAGUGUGCACAGGACUUGGCUUUGGUACUUCGAUGUCUUCUGGAGUUGGUGACCUUUAUACUAGGGCUAAAAAGUUGCAGCAGCAAUUAGACUUUUUAACUCUCCAAGAAGAGUAUAUUAAAGAUGAACAAAAACAUUUAAAACGGGAGUUUCUUCGUGCACAAGAAGAAGUGAAAAGAAUCCAAUCCGUACCUUUAGUUAUUGGACAGUUUUUAGAAGCGGUUGAUCAAAAUUCAGGUAUCGUGGGAUCAACAACAGGUUCCAAUUAUUAUGUCAAAAUUUUGUCUACUCUGGAUAGAGAAUUGUUGAAACCUAAUUCCUCCGUUGCCUUACAUAAACAUUCCAAUGCUUUAGUGGACAUUCUUCCUCCUGAAGCGGAUUCAUUAAUUACAAUGAUGAAAUCUGAUGAGCGGCCUAAUGUAACAUAUUCGGAUAUCGGCGGGUUGGACUCUCAAAAACAAGAAAUUAGAGAGGCUGUGGAAUUGCCUUUGACUCAUCACGAUUUAUAUAAACAAAUUGGCAUUGAUCCACCACGCGGCGUGCUUAUGUACGGGCCCCCGGGGACUGGUAAGACGAUGCUUGCGAAAGCCGUCGCCCAUCACACAACGGCUUCGUUCAUUCGGGUUGUUGGCUCUGAAUUUGUGCAAAAAUACUUGGGUGAGGGGCCCCGUAUGGUUCGUGAUGUUUUUCGCUUGGCCAAGGAGAAUGCGCCUUCUAUAGUUUUCAUCGAUGAAAUAGAUGCCAUCGCUACUAAGCGCUUUGACGCUCAGACGGGUGCGGACCGAGAAGUUCAGCGAAUUUUACUAGAACUUUUAAAUCAGCUAGAUGGCUUCGAACAGAUUCACUCUGUUAAGGUCAUCAUGGCGACCAACCGAGCAGAUACUCUUGAUCCAGCCUUGCUUCGUCCUGGCCGGCUCGACAGAAAAAUCGAGUUUCCUCUUCCUGACCGGCGGCAAAAGCGACUCAUUUUUCAAACAAUCUGCAGCAAAAUGAAUCUUAGUGAAGAAGUGGAUCUUGAAGACUUUGUUGCAAGACCUGAUAAAAUAAGCGCCGCUGAAAUUGCGAUGAUUUGUCAGGAGGCCGGAAUGCAGGCAGUUAGGAAAAACCGAUACGUCAUACUUCCAAAAGAUUUUGAAAAAGGUUACAGAACCAUUGUGACAAGAAAUGAUAAGGAAUUUGAAUUUUAUCGUUGA